GAGGCCGGAAGUGACGAUGUUCCAGGAGCCCUUGUGAAUGCAGAUUGUAUGUUUCAAUGACUCAGCCGUACACAUGGUAAUACAGUUGUACAUGCGGUGAAGCAGUAAGGGUUGUCAUGGCGGGCAGUGCUGGAGAAUGGUGUCUGAUGGAGAGCGAUCCCGGUGUCUUCACCGAGCUUAUUAAAGGCUUUGGUUGUCAAGGAGUUCAAGUGGAAGAAAUUUGGAGUUUAGACCAAGAACACUUUGAAGAUCUGCAACCAGUGCAAGGUUUGAUCUUCCUUUUCAAGUGGCAGCCCGGAGAAGAGCCAGCUGGAUCUGUAGUACAAGAUUCUCGUUUGGAUACAAUUUUUUUUGCAAAACAGGUAAUAAACAAUGCAUGUGCUACUCAAGCAAUAGUCAGCAUUUUGCUGAAUACAAACCAUCCUGAUGUACACUUAGGAGAAACGCUUUCAGAAUUUAAAGAGUUUACCCAAAGUUUUGAUGCUGCGAUGAAAGGAUUGGCAUUGAGCAACUCAGAAGUGAUCCGACAAGUACACAACAGUUUUGCAAGGCAGCAGAUGUUUGAGUUUGAUGCAAAAUCUUCAGCAAAAGAUGAUGAUGCUUUUCAUUUCGUGAGUUAUUUUCCAGUCAAUGGGAGACUUUACGAGUUGGAUGGCUUACGAGAUGGACCUAUUGACCUAGGGACAUGCAACCAAGAUGAUUGGAUCAGUGUUGUGCGGCCGGUUAUUGAAAAGCGAAUGCAAAAGUAAUUUCAAAUUUCUACU